AUGCGACACAUUCUAAAUGAUUUUAAGGUUGUAGAACCUACAACCCUUGAUUUAAUUACAACAAAUGAAUCAAAGGAUAAAUCUGCAGUGAAUAAAAAUAAGCAACUUCUUGAGAAAAUCCUUUGGUCCAAAUGUAAAUUGAAUUUUAAGGUGCUUCAACCAAAAAUAUAUGAUAAAAGCGUGAGGAAAAAGAAAGGUGAUCCUGUCAAAUUUUCAGGCGAUAAAAUACAACUUGGACCAGGCUUAACGCAGAAUGAAGAAUCAAUAAUUAGUUUAAAAGCUGGUAUUUUAGAAUGCUCUACUAAGUCAGGGAAUAAGUUGUGGGUGGAUAAUAACCAAAAAAGAUAUGUUCCGGCUGCAGGAGAAUUUGUACUUGGAAUAGUGACACAUAAAACUUCAGAAUUUUAUCGUUUGGAUAUUGGAUCUGCUCAUCAAGCAAUCCUAUCUAAUUUGGCGUUUGAGAAUAUAGGAAGUUUAAUAUAUGCAAGAGUUUUAUUAGCAAAUAAAGAUAUGGAACCAGAACUUGGAUGUGUUAACCCAGACAAUGGUAAAGCUGAUGGAUUUGGUGAAUUGAAAAAUGGCUAUUUAUUAAAAUGUUCUUUAAGACAUUGUAGAAGAUUAUUGUUUAAACAAUCUCCAAUUCUAUCAUUGCUUGAGAAAAAAGUUCCAUCUCCAUUUGAGAUUGCGAUAGGAAUGAAUGGUCGUGUAUGGAUAAAUGGUAAAGAUGGUGAUGAUUCAAUAAGGAAUACAAUAUUUAUUUAUAAUGCUAUAAAAAAGUCAGAAAACCUUGAUAAAAAUGAGUGUAUCAAACUGAUUCAGAGUCUCAAUAUUUAG